UUGACCUGGUACAAAGGCGGUACUAAGGUGCUGCCAUUUUCUGCGCCUAUUGUAUGGAUUGAACCUGAAAAUCACAAAUCAGAUACAUGCUAUUUCUGCGUAAAUUACAAAUUUGGUAGAAGCCAAAGGCACUACGCGAUAAUGACAUACGAAGCAACAAAUAAUGUCAUUUUACCAGAAGUGCGCUGUGAAGGUGUUCCGGUGCCUCAACCGCCUACACAUACAUUUUCGGCCAAUAUGACUUACGCCAAUACAGAAAUAACAGCGGCGGUUGAAAACAUAUCAGAUAUAAGCUACUUGCCUCCUGGUGGUUUAAACAUAUGUCCUAAUUUGAUAGACCAAGCUUAUUUUGAAGAUCUUGUAAGAGAUUUAGGACUAACAAAAGAGAAAGCUGAAAUAUUAUGUUCCAGAUUGAAAAACAGGAAUUUGAUAAAAGCCGAUGUAAAAGUUACAUCGCCAAGAAAAAGACACGCCGAUUUGGAAAGUUAUUUUAAAAAAUCAGAAGAACUUGUAUACUGUUGCAGUAUUGAAGAGGUUCUAAGAUAUCUAAAGCUUCCACUGGACUCUUCCGCUUGGCGACUAUUUAUAGAUAGUUCGAAACACAGCUUAAAAGCAGUUUUACUGCACAAUGGAAAUCAGCAUCCAUCAAUACCGGUUGCGUAUUCCACAAAAAAGGAUGAAACAUACGCAAAUAUUUCAAAUCUCUUAAAUAAAAUUGAAUACUAUAAAUAUAAAUGGGAAGUAUGCGCAGACUUCAAAAUGAUUGCAAUAUUGACUGGAAUGCAAACAGGAUACACAAAAUAUAUGUGCUUUCUUUGUAAAUGGGAUUCACGUGCUACCAGCAGCCAUUAUCAUAUUAAAUAUUUCGAAGAACGUAAAGAAAAUAUUAUUGGUGACUUAAAUGUAAUCCAUGAAUCUCUUGUCCCAAAAGAUAAGGUCAUACUUCCACCGCUGCAUAUUAAGUUGGGCGUGGUGAAAAAUUUUAUUAAAAGCUUAAAUACACAAGGAUAUGCUUUCAAACGCAUUCAAACAAUUUUCCCCAGAUUAUCUGCAGCAAAAUUAAAAGAAGGAAUGCUCGUUGGACCCGAUAUAAGAAAAUUAUUACAAGAUGAAGAAUUUUAUGGUCAUCUGUCGGAUAUGCAAAAGACAGCAUUUGACUUUAUGCAGCUGGUUAUAUCAGAAUUCCUUGGAAACUCAAAAGCACAAAACUAUGCAGAAAAUAUUGAAAGCAUGCUAAUCGGUUUUAACAAUAUUGGCGUUAAGAUGUCACUAAAGCUGCAUUUUCUGCACUCUCAUCUCAAUUUUUUUAAAGAAAACCUUGGAGCGGUUUCAGAUGAACACGGUGAAAGGUUUCAUCAGGAUAUAAAGGUAUUGGAAGAAAGAUUCAAAGGGAAAUCCCAAAGUGUAAUGCUUGCUGAAUACGUAUGGGGCUUGUACAGAAACCUUGACACUUCGGAACAUUCACGUCAAGCUAAAUACAGGAAAGCAUAUUAAG